GCUAUUCGCGCCACAUGAAGCGCCGGUCCGUGGACGCGGUCAAGUCGCCGACGCUGUCUAAGCGCAAGCGGGACGUGGCCAAACGCCUCGACGCUGAGCCGUUUGCCGACGUCGAUCUCGGCUCGACAAGCCUCGCGUUUCAGAACUGGCUGCAGACGGAAGAUGCUGCGGAGACAGCCAAGCACAAUGGAUCGUGGCCGCGCUUGGACCUGGGGCGGCGCAUGGAGAUUGUGUCGCACGACGUCAUGCCAUCGGUCGCCCCACUUCUCAAGCGCAAGCGCCACGCGACGGGCCCUGCUGUGGUGAGCCCGCCACGACGCCGUGUGCCCAGUGCGGCACCAGAGCUCAUUUUACCGUUCUUGGCCAAAGAAGACAAACUUGUCAACCAGAAAGCAGAGAUUGCAAGUAUGCUCAAGGACGUCCAACGCGUGCAUCCGACGCGCGCGCGGAGCGCCCCUGAUGCGACAGAGGACCGCCUGCCGAUCGACACGGGGCCCGAGCGGCCCAAGACGGCCAUGUCCAUUCCGGUUCUCAACUUGGACAAACCGAUUGAGCUUGAAGACUGCCUGGUGCCGUAUGUGUUUCACGAGCGCCAUAGCGCCGCGCCGUUGCGGAGCGUGGACUUGUCGCCGUGGACGGUGCUGGACGGCAACGAGCUUCUCCGAAGCGCGACACCGCACAUCACAUCUGCGUGUACAAGCCUCAACGUAGCGGGGCUUCACGCCACCUUUGCACCACCAGUCCUGCAGCAGUUUUUUGCCCAAGUGCCUUACUUGCGGUCGCUCGAUUUGAGUUUGAGCGCAGGCUUGACGAAAGCGGACUACAAGCUCGUUGGCGCUGCCUGCCCCAAGCUGCAAGAACUGCACCUGAACCAAUGCGCCGAUGUCUCGGACGAUCUGCUCCGGUAUGUGACGCGCGUCAUGCCCCACAUUCAAGCGCUGCAUCUACGCCGUUGUGGACGCAUCACAGACGUUGGCGUGAAGUUCAUGGCGCAAGCAUGGACACGGUUGAUCGACCUUUCACUGCAAGAGUGCCAGUACCUCUCGACCGCCGCGCUCGACUCCCUCCUCACGACGUGCGGUGCGACGCUGCAGCGCCUUGACCUCUCCAACCUCCACCAAGUGACCGACACGACUUUGCAGACACUUGCAGCCAGUAAAGCCAAACACUUGGUCGUUCUCCGGUUGUGCAACGCUCAACAAGUCACCGAUGCUGGCUUUGAAGCGCUCGUGCGUCCGCCGAUGGGCUUUGUCUACACGGGCGCGACCAUCUCGUACAAGCUUGAGAAGCUCGACAUCACGGGGUGCAGCCAGCUCACGGGUCUCGCGCUCAGCUGGGUUGCGGCGGCGUGUCCGCUCUUACGGUUCCUCAAGUUUGGUGGCAGCGACGGAGUGCACGACAAGGGCCUGCGGUCGUUUGCGCAGCAUGCCAGACUUCAAAAGCUAGCCAUCGUGGGCGCACCAUCCAUUUCAGACGACGGGCUCGUGCCGCUACUUGCCUUUCCGCGUCCGAAUUUGCCGUUUCUUUCGCUCACGCUUCGCCAGUGUCCGCGCCUCGGGGAUGCGACGUUGGAAGCGAUUGCGAUACACGGCGCGCAUUUGCACACCCUGAUUUUGGACAACUUGUCUGCAACGAUCGCCUCGACGAGCUGGGACCGCGCAUGUCGCAAAUGCAAACGCGUGGCCAAGCUCUGGCUCGGCUAUGCCCACACGUUAUUGCCUAGCACGCUCGUGUCACUGGCACGUCAAAGCCGAGAUGUGCUCACGGAACUGCAUCUCACCAAGUGCGACGAGAUCGAUACCCAUGCGCUCUACCCCUUGCGCGCGCUCACCAAGCUUGCGACCUUGCAGCUCGACCAUGACGGUGUCACGGACGCGGGUCUUGCGUUCUUGCCGCCGUCGCUUCAAGUGCUCUCGCUCAAUACACCAAGUAUCACGAGCGCCGGCUUUGCGAUGUUGCCGCAGCGCUGCUGGCGCCUCGAUCGCCUCAGCCUCGCCAAUAGCACGGUCUCGAUCGCGCACCUGCGUGGCGUCUUCAAGCUUUGCAAGUCACUUGUCCGCAUUGACGUCGACGCGUGCGCGCACGUAACCGCCCAUCACUUGCACGAUCUCUCUCGGCUACGCAAGCGACACCAGCUCAAGGUACUCGUGGCGUCGGCGACUGCGUGCUCUCUCUUGCCUAGCCGCCAGUCGGCACUCAUCUCGGCGUACACAGCGCUCUUGGCACGAGCAAAGCGCGAACACCGCGCGGCUACCAUGAUCCAGCAGCUGUACCGGACCGGCGUCGUCGUCUCCGAGAAGCGCUUCAAGUUUGAUCGGCGCAUGCACGUGAUGACGAUCCGCGUCAUCAUGAUCCAGCGCUGCUUUCGUCGCUACAUGCGGCGACAAGGCGUCCGCCGGCGCUGGCGACGAGCUCUGCGCUUCGUCUACACGGCUCUGUCGUGGUAUCGAACCCACCAGGUGGCACGGCGCCUCGAGCGCGCGAAAAACCACUGGACACGCCGUAACCUGUGGCUUACUUUUCAAGCAUGGAAAAAUGAGUGGAGCGCCGCGGUGGCCGAGCGGGAGCGGCUGUACAACGAGUCAGCGGCGGUGAAAGCCUUUCAGUUUUGGACAGGAAAGAUCGUGGCCGGUGUCUUUUAUGCGUGGCGAGGGCUCCUUCGCAAGAAGAAGGCGCAACUCAAGCGCGUCGCCGAGUUCUGGGGACUCCAAGCCACACCACGGCUUUUUCAGCGCUGGAAAGUCCAUGCGCAAAUCGCUGUUGCGUACCGUCGGCGCCUCGUCGGCAUUUGGAAUGUGGCGGUUCAACUCGAGACGCACAACUCAUUGCGACAGCUCCCAAAGACGCAGAUCGCCAAUGUCACUUGGCUGCGCAAGCUUUGGGCGCGCUGGACGCAGUUCUGCAAGGACCAGCGUUUUUUCGUCGUCCAAGCUUCGCUGUCGAUUCUCUCGAGCAGUCUGACGCAGUGGAGCUUCAAGACGUGGCGCCGCCACGCCGAAAUGCAGCGUACAAAAAAGAUGAAGUACCGAACCCAUCUACGCAAGCUUUUGCAUCGACAACAGUUCCGCGUUUGGCUUGCCUGGUGCGCGUACGUGGCCAAGCGCAAGGCCAUCAAGCGCGCGGCGCGACACUUUCGCAGCAGCGUCGUCGCCCGUUGCUUCAUGGCGUGGCUGCGUUUUCUCAAGCUGCAGCAAGAUGAGCGUGAGCUGCUGCGGCGGGUUGCUCUUCGCCUUAAAAACUUGGGUCUCGUGCACGCAGUCACCAAAUGGGCCGAGUACGCCGAAGAGAAGCGUCAUGCCAAAGCUGUCGCAGGGCGGGCGCUGGCUUUUUUCCGGGGUGCAGUGGUUUUGCGCACGUUUCUUGCGUGGCGACACUACGUCGCGCACCACCGAGAGCUCCUUCAACGCAUGCGCGAGCGCAUGCAAGCGAGCGACCUCGCCGCACGCUUCCAUGCUUGGGCUCGCUUUGCUGCGCGAAAGUUCUGGGAACGUCGCUGCGUCGUGUUGAUUCAGACGCAAUGGCGCGGAGUCCUGGCGCGGCGUUUUGUUGAAGACCACUACUUCAACGUGCGCUGGGCCGCCGUGGUGAUUCAGCUGGCGUGGCGCGGCCGUUUGGCGCGCUCGAUCCUGCGUGCGGCCGACCGCAAGCGCCGGUUGCGUGCGUACAAGGCCAAGGAGGUCGAGUGGGACGCAAUGGAGCUCAACGACGAGGCGUCGCGCGUCUACGAGCAGCAGCUACGCCUCAUUGUGAUGCUCCAGCGGCUCUGGCGCGGUGUCGCGGGACGGCAUUUCUACCGCGAGUUGCGUCGGCUCAUGUACAUCAAACGGCAGCAGGAGCGUCGCCAGCUCCAAGAAAUGCUCUUGCUCCGCGCCGAGUUGCGCAAGAAGGAGCAAGCCGAGCUCGAGCGACGGCGCGAGGCGGCGGCCAUUGACAUUCAGCGCAUCGCCCGGGGCUACAACGCCCGUCGAUGGUACGCGACACAGAAAGGGUUUUUGCAGCUGCGUCGGUGUGCGGUCCGCGUGCAGGCAGCGUUCCGCGGCAAGAUGGCGCGACGCAUGGUCACGGCCCAGCGCCGGCACCGCGUCACGAUCCUGCACAUGUACGCGCGGCGGAGCCUCGAGUCGAAGCGACUGCGCGCGCUGACGGCCAUGACGCGCGAGUCGCAGGCCGCGCUGCGGUCCUUCCUCGCCAUAUUUGGCCUCGACCCCGCGACGUUCAUCAUGGAUUUAGCGUCACUUUUGUCCGAGAUCCGGACGGACUUUCUCGCGUUUGUUCGCUUUUUCGUUCAUGUGCGGCGCAUUGCUAUGGACGCGAACACCAAGCGCGCGACCAAGAGUCUUAACGGCAAGCAGCUACUGCAGUGGCGCGACGAGCUCGUCGCCGCCGAAGAAAAGCUCGCGAGUGGUAUCAACUUGACACCGAUUGUUGCCGGCGAUACGGUGCGCAUCAUUUUGGAAGGCCACCCGCGUUGUGGUGAGACCGCGUACGUGCUGCACAUCCAAGACGACAAGUCGACCGAAGUCAAAAUGGACAGUGACAACUCCCUCGAAUUUCUACCGCUGUACACGCAAGCGACACCGACGGACGUAUCGAAACCCGUUUUUUACAAAAUCCCCGCGCUGCACUUUGCCCUGCCGCGGCUGCAGAUCACGCCCGAGUGGAAAGCGUCGCUGCUCGCGUACGCUGAGAAAAUCCGCGACGAGACGCGACUGUAUCUUGCGGCGCGCAAGAUCCAGUGUGCCGUCCGCGUCUACUUGGCCCGCAUCGCAUUCCAACAAGAACUGCAGACGCAAGGGGUCGUGCGGGCACGUCGCGAGACGCUCUUGCUCUCGGUGCUGACCAAGCUCGGCUUGGCCAACCACCGAACGGCCAAGAUCCUCGAGCGGCUGCGUCUUGCCGCGUCGACGCCAAAGGACCUUCCCGACACGGCGCUGGCGAUCGCAACCAUGGUCGAUCGCUUUCAGCAAGCGUGGGCCAAGCGCGCCGAGAUCAAAAAUGCGCUCAGCAAUCUCCAGAACGUCCAGUUUGGUGGCGACGGCCCGUUCCACGAUGAGUGGAUGCCGUUCCGGUUUGAUGGUCUUCUCGACAAGCUCUUGUUUCGGCCGCUUCGGACACUGCGCAAUUGUACGAACGUUGCGCUCGCUCGGUUCUUCUUUUCAAAAGGCCUGCAGGGUCUGGCAGGAUUUAUUGGCGGCGGGGACUUUGCGCGGAGCUUUGAAGAAAAAAACAUUUACGUCAAGCAGUACCAGUUUGAGCAGCUGACGCAGAGCGCGUACACGGACUCGGAUGGCUGGGCCAUCGUGCACGGCGUCUUUGUGCGUGGAAACGACGCAAGUCUGCCGCACCCGGAUAGGUCGCGCGUGGCACUGCUACCGCACGGGUGGGGCGUUGCCAACUUUUUACGCGGCGAAGACCCCGAGAGCGGUCGCCAUUGGGACUCGAAAAACUCCCUUCAGGCCAAGUACAAGGCGCUCUCAAUCGUUCGGGGUCUUCGGCAAAAAGCAAAGGAAGAGCGACUGGCGGCGCAGAUUGCGGUCGCGCAGGAAGAGUACAACGACUUGCGCUCCGAAGAAGGCCCUUAUGGGUACGCCACGCGGCACGCCAAGCUCAGCGCUGUCGAAGAUGCGCUCAAGCUCCAGCACGCACGCUGGGCCAAGGACGAAGCCGCCCGACGUGAGGACCUAAAAGCGCUUCUCGUCGUCGAGGCCGACGUCGUGGCUUCCUUGAACAAACUCAAAACGACGCUCAAGCAGCAGUCGAGCAAACUCCGCGACCUCCAGGCUCAACCCCCGGAAAUGAUCAUGAACAUUGAGAUUUCUCCGAGUCGGAAGAGUCCGCUGACGUUUGUGGUCAUUGGCGCCAAAAUUCAAGUGCGCCUCGACGACGGCAAGUGGCACGACGGCACCGUGGUCGAGGUCGAUGUUGGCGUCGGCAGAGCCAACACGGCCAAUGUCCUUAUGAACGACGACCACGCGAUCGAAGUCAUUGAGCUCUUUUCCGAUGUUGAGCACGUCAGCGAUGACGAAACGCCGGAAGAAAAGGCGGCCAAAGCCAUCGAAAGCUUGGAGACGAUUGGCCAAGUCAAGAAGCAGUCCGAGUUUCGGAAAUGGAAAAUGGGCGGGGCCAUUGACGUGAGCUGGCCUGCACCCGAUGAGCGCGGCGCCAAGAUCACGGGCUACGUCGUCGAGUGGGAAGCCGAAGACAUCGAGUCGGGUGAGACGUCGACCGGCCGCCUCUAUGUUCGAGGCAAGCACCACCCAGAGACGGGCGCCCUUGAACCGCCCGUGCCGGAGCUCACGAUUGGGCCCAUUGACUUGGCCAAAGAGUUCAAAUUUACCAUCAAGGCGGAAAACGCGCGCGGAUUGGGCCCGAUGAGUCGCCUCAUGGAGCUACCACUGCCCCCGAUGGAGAUCAGCCACGUUCUGGCGUACGACCUCGAGCCACCCCCCGUCGACACGACAAAGCUCGAGGCCAAGGAGAGUGCUUUGAUGGAGAUUGAGGACAAAUUGGCCACCGACUGGAUCCAAGAGCGAACGUGCACGGUGUGCAGCGAGCGAUUCUUGGAUUUUCCGAGCCUUGAAUUGCACGUGGGCAUUUCGCACCACCUACCACUCGUGUGUCCCUUCCCGAGCUGCAAACAGUCGUGUGCAAGCUACCAGACGCUACGCUACCACAUCUGGCGCUGCUCCCAGACAAAACUGACCAAAGACGAAAUGAGCCAGCCGCUGUUUAUGACAACGUUCGAGCUCUCGCCCAACUAUUGCAUGCGCAAGCCGCGGCGCCACGUAAUGCCCAAUCAGCACGAGAUGGCCGACCAAGGCGAAGAGUAUUUCUUGGAAACAAAGUACCAAGGCGCCGUGACCGACUGGCUCGCCCGGGCCCAUGCCCGCCACGACACGCUUAAAGAUGAUGCUGCGCGCUGGCACCAGCGCGUCAGCGAUGUCGACGCAGCCAUGGACGCGCUUCCGCCGGUCUACGGCGUCGCGUUCGAGUCGGCCGAGCUCAAUUUAAAGGCAAGAGAAGAAGCGGUUGAACUUUGCGAGCGCAUUACGGCCCAACGACUUGUCUACAUUGACGAGUCGGCGACGAAGCGCGAAAAGUAUCAUCUCGAGAAAGACGAGCUGGACGCGUACAUUGAGCUCAAGACGACGCGGCUGGCGACGGCCGAAGAGGCGUGGCAAAAGCAGUCGCUCAAAAAAGACAAGAAGACUGCAACGCAAAAACGGGAUGCCUUGGUCGCUACGAUCGAGAAUUUUGAAAAAGAGUACGCGGCGACCAAGGCCAAGAUGGAGGCCGAGAUCGAGCGCCUCACUGCGCUUCAAAUCGCGCUCCUGCCGUUCAUCCAGCUCGUCAUCAAGACCAACGAGCUGCGUGCGCUCUUGGGCAAGGCACGCGUGCAAACCAACCUAGUCGUGACCAAAAACAAUCAAAUCGUCGGCGCGAUGCACCAGCGGCUCGCCGACCUCAUGGCCGAAAACGUCCACGAAGUAGAAGGCCUGGAGGCGUACGACCGGCACAUGGCGGCGCGCGCCCGCCAGCUCAAGCGCCUCCAAGCCGCGCUCUUGGAAAUGCAAAUUCGGCACCACGCCGAGCUCGAAAUCUCACACUUGUACGACGAGGUCGAAAAAGACGAAUUUGAGCUCAAAGUGCUUCGGCGCAGUCAAAAGCAGCUGCACAAGGAGCGUAUAAUCACUAGCGGCGACAGCGAGCUGUACGAGCCCGUGGUCACCGACAACUAUGCCCUCCAGAUCGCCAACCUCGACCCGCUCAUCCAAGAACGCUUCGCCGCCGGCCGUCGAAAAGACGCCGAAGCCAAGGGCGAGACGAUGCAAAAGCUGGUCCUGGACGAGUUUCAAAUCGACGAAGAAGAAGCGAAAGAAGCCGAGGCUGAGCGACUCGAACGCCUCGCGCUCAAAGCCUCGGCGGGUGGCUCCAAGGUGCUCGCCAAACACCGCGAUGAUAUCCCCGAGUGGCUCAAGCGCAAAAAGACGGCGCUGCCGACCAAAUACGUGCGCAUGGAGUGCAACUUUCGCAAUGGCUUGAUCCACGGCCACGUAAAACUCGAAUUUAACGACGGGUCGACGUACGACGGGCCGUGGGUCGAAGACCCCACGUACGAGCAGCCAUCGUGGGUCGAGCCUACAAAGACAGUAUUUGUGUCGGAUCAUUUCGGCUCGUUCCUUUGCCCCGACGGUACCAAGUGGGAGGGCAGCGAAGUCAACAAUCAGUUCCUACCACAGCAUGCGUGCGGGACGUUUACGAUCGAGUUCCCGCAUCAAAAUUCGCGCUUCUCGGGCGAGGUUGUCAACGGUCUCUUCCAUGGCUUCGGCACGCUGUUUGUCCAGCGACCGUACACGUCGGGCGAGUAUGUGGGUGAGUGGAGCCACGGGGUGCGUGAAGGGUAUGGUGUCGAGAUCUUCGAGUCGGGCGAACGCUACGAAGGCGACUGGGCCCAAGACCAGUACCACGGCCAAGGUAUUGCCACGUACGAGGACGGAUCGCGCUUUGAAGGCACCUUUUGCUACGGCAAGUGGCAUGGCCAAGGCGUGCGCAUCAACGAAUACGGUGACCGCAUCGUUGGCAAAUUUAGCGACGGAUCGCUCGACGGCCGCGGGGUGGUCGAAUUUGCCGAUCGGCGCCACUACGAGGGCGAUUUUCGUUGCACGAAAAAGCACGGCAUCGGCAUUUUGACCUACCCGAAUGGCGACCGGUACGAAGGGCCGUUUGUCGAUGACGCACCCCACGGAGAAGGCAAGUACUUUACACGCACGCCGGCCGAAGAGGGCAGUGAGCCCAUCAUGCGCCUCGGCUUGUGGCAACACGGAGAGCGCACGUUGUGGCUGUCGAGGCCAAUCACGAAAUUUGCGACCAUGAUGUUUGUACAAUAUUUUACAACACUCCACACGACCAACACGGGCCAAGAGAUUGAACUCGUCAAAGCAAAGUUUCGAACGCCGUAUGCAGUCAUGGUGGCCGGCAUGUUGCCCAACUUGCCACUCGGUGUGGACCCCGACGACACCUUUGUCAAAUCCAUUGUUCGACUCUUGGCCAAAAUGCAAAACGUCAUGGUUGGCGCCGAUGUCUUAGAGAAGACGUCCAUGCAGCUUCAAAUCGUGUCGAGCAAAGUGCUCGAGCUCCAAGCCGCCGUCGAACGGACGCGCAACGACUUGGACCGCAACGAUCGGCGAGUUCGUGACGCGACUCGCGUCGUGCGGGAGCUGGCCAUCGAUCUUGAAGUCGCGCUGGAGAAGGAAGACGACAUGCAGCGCAAGCUCGAGACAUUUUGGAAAAACGAUCCGCGGAAAACUCAAGUCGUGUACAAGAACGCCGUAAUUGCGCUCAACGAGAUCGAGCUCAUGGACUGGUAUCGGAUCCGCAAAGCCAAGUUGGAUGACAACAUGGUCGCGCUUCUGGAGGCGUUUGCGAUUUUACUCAACUACCAAUCCAACCUUGCGCUUCACGGGGUGCCAUUCAAGCCAACCCGCGACGAGAUGCUCAUGCUCUUGGGCAAUUCGACCGAAAACGCCAUGCUGGGCGACAAGGAAAGUUUGAUUCACAAAUACGACAUCAAGGCGCUGUACAUCCUACCGCUCUUUGACAUUUACUCGUUUGCCGAAGGGCCGCGGUAUCAAAUGCUGCAAAAUGUGACUCAAGUCGUGCACAACCCUCGGUUGCGACCGGGCAACAGCAGCCUCGCAAACAUUUCGCCCGCGAUUCCCCCGCUGUGCGGUUGGGUGCGCGCUGCAUUUGCGUACGCUCAAACGGCCUGCGAGAUCUAUCCCGUGUACAAGCGCCUCAUGGAGCACUUCAACAAAGUUGAGGGCCUCAAAGCGUCGCUGCGACUGGAGCAAGCCGAGCUCUCCAAGCUCCAAGCCACAUCGGCAGGCCAUCGAACGCAACUUGCCGAGCUCAACGACAGCUUGAGUCAUUAUGUGAAGGAAGAAGCGCAACUCGCCAAGACCAUGGACGACAUCAAGGAGCUCGACACGAUGGAAGACCUCCCGACGCAGCACGGACGCAUCUUUAAGCCCAACCCAGUCGCGCCGAUCGACCCACGGCUUGUAGAGGCCGAGCGGGUGGCGGCUGCGGCCGAGCUUGCCGAGAAAGUCAAGCUGCUCAAACUCAAAAUCGCAUCGGACGACAACCUCAAGAGCCAAUUUGGUAUCUUGCGCAAGGACAUCAAGAAAGUCUUGGACCGGAACCUCGACCAGAUCCCGUACACGCAGUUCCUCAAGCAGUACGAAGUCGUGACGCACAAACGCCUCAACCUCGCUGCGUACGGCGUCAAGAAGCUCAAAGUGCUCUUGGCGCUGACGACGGACGUUUGCACGAUCGUGUUUAAUGAUUACGGCGAUGACGUGAUCCAUACCGUGAUCGACCCCGAAAACCCAUAUGAGCUGCCCAAGUACGCGUUCCCGUGCAAGCUCUGCGUCGGCAAGAGCUACGACACGCACAAGGAGCUCGAAGCUCACUACCAGUCGACAUGGCACCAUAUGAACCUGCUGCUUCAAGCACAAGGCGAGCCGACCCGCAUCUUUGAUCGGCGGUCCCGGUACUGGCAAGAGACGUAUACGGACGACAACACGAUCACGUACACGAACCGCAUGACGGGCGAGGUCUCGGACGAGCGCCCGCCAGAGCUCCAAGGUGAUGACGUGAUCCUGGACGGAAUGUUUGCACCGACACCGGACGAUGAUGACGAAUGUAUGCCGAUUGCAAGCGACUGGGAGGAAGUGGCCGACGAGUACGGUAACAUUUACUAUCGCAACAAGGCGACGCUCGAGACGAGCUGGACGCUCCCGACGCCGGACCCGUGGACCGAGUACUUUGACGAAAUCAGUCAGAGUACGUACUACUACAACGCCACGACGGGCGAAACGGCGUGGACGAAACCGGGGGACGCGACAGCCGAGGGCAUCGACGAGAUGGCUGCGUACGAAGCCUCCUCGGCCGGCCUCCUCGAUGCGAUCGGUAGCUACGACGUCGACGACGACGGCGUUGAGUGA